AUGAUAAAAAAAAAAAAUAAUAAUAUUACUAUUAGUUCACAAUGUAUUAAUAUAAAUUAUAAUGAUUUAUCAAAACAAUUAACGCUUGAAGAUAUACAUAAUGUAUCAGAUAAUUUAAAAGAACUUCCAUCAUAUGAACAUAUUCAUAACAUGUUGAAUCAUGUUUUGGAUAUAUCUAAAAAAGGAUUUAAUGAUAUGAUAAAAGAAUUAGCGCUUUAUAUAGAAGAUUAUUUACAUAAAUAUUAA